CUCUCCCUCUCCGUUACCCAUUUUUUCUUACUAAAUCUUCUUGUUCCUGACUUUCUGUUCCCUCGAAAAAAUCGAAAAAGGUUCAAGGUAAAGGCAAAGGAAACUUCUUCUACACAAUGGAAGUCCUGUCUAUGGCUGGAGAUGCACUACUAUCUGCUGCUUUCGGGAGGCUGCUCCAGAAGUUGGAUGACCGUCUUAAAUCCAACGACUUACAAGAAGAGGUUCAAGCAGAGCUUGAAGAGUGGAAAUUGGUUUUUCCACAGAUCUGUGCUGUACUCAAAGAUGCUGAAGAGAAGCAAAUAACUAAUGAUUCUGUGAAGCAAUGGCUUCAUUAUCUCAGGGACUUGGCUUAUGAUAUGGAGGACGUUCUCGAUGGAUUCCAGGCUGAUGUCCAGACGAGCACUGUGAUGGCAAAACCUCACCAAGGUUGUACCAGCAAAUUCACCCUCAAAUGCUUUCCUCGUUUCAAACACAAUGAUUUUGUGUUUGACUCCGAUACCAUUUCUAAGGUGAAGGUAAUUGCUAAGAGAUUGCAAAGCAUGAUAGAACAAUCGAGGACCUUGUGCCUAAUGAGUUCCACAAUGCAAGUUGGAGAGAAGCUUGACAGAGCAGCUACAGGAUGGGUACCCACUACUCCUCAACUUGAAUCGCAUGUUUAUGGUCGAAGGGGUGAUAAAGAGGACAUUCUUCAAAAGUUGCUCAAUGGUGAAGGGGGUUCGGAGGGGUAUUGUGUUCUUCCCAUUGUUGGGAUGGGAGGUAUUGGCAAGACCACUCUAGCUCGACAAGUUUACGGGGCGGUGAAGCAGGAAGACUUUCAGCUCAAAGCCUGGGUUUGUGUCUCUGAUCAAUUUGAAGUUAUGAGCAUCACAAAAAACAUUCUAAUAGAAUUAACGAAGGGAGGUUGUGAUCUGCAAAAUUUGAAUUUGAAUUUGCUUCAAGAAAAGGUGAAAGAACAGCUGUCUAACAAGAAGUUUCUACUUGUACUUGAUGAUGUUUGGAAUGAGGAGUGCAAUCUAUGGGAUAUCCUAAAAGUCCCUUUCAAAUCAGGAGCACCAGGAAGUAUAAUAAUUGUCACAACUCGUAACGAGCAUGUUGCAGAAAUCAUGGGUGGGAAGGAUAGUAUUUACCACCUAAAAGUACUUGACGAUGAUAAGUGUUUGUCAAUAUUAGCUCAAGAUGCACUUGGAGUAGAGAACUUCGAUGCACUCCCAGGUUUGAAAGAUGUUGGUCAGGAAAUGGUUAAAAUGUGCAAAGGAUUGCCUUUGGCCGCAAAAAUUCUUGGGGGCCUCUUACGUGGUAAGCGAGACCCUCGUGAAUGGAAAUACAUAUUAAAAAAUAAGAUGUGGAAUCUACAGGGAGACAAAAGCAGCAUUCUUCCAGCUUUGAUGUUGAGUUACCAUCAUCUUCCUUCUCAUUUGAAGCAAUGCUUUUCCUAUUGUGCAUUGUUUCCUAAGGAUCACCGAUUUGAUAAAGAGGAGUUAAUUUUCUUGUGGAUGUCAGGGGGGCUUUUGCAAAAACAUCCAGGAGAAGAAAAUCAAAUUGAAGACAUUGGUCAUCAGUAUUUCUCUGAGUUACUUUCUAGAGCAUUCUUUCAAGACCCGAGCAAUGAUGAAUCUAGGUAUGUAAUGCAUGACCUCAUACAUGAUUUAGCUCAAUAUAUUGCUGGAGAAACAUGUUGCAAUCUUGAAAAUAUAUUAGAAGCAAAGAAAGAAGUAAAUUUUGAAAAGGUUCGCCAUUUUUCUUUUGAUUGUAAAUGGCUUGAUAUCUCUAAGAGAUUUGAAAUCUUGAAUAAAAUGAAGGAUCUGAGAACAUUCAUUCCUAUUAAUUCAUCAUCAAGUAGAAACUAUCUAUCAAAUACAGUGGUGCAUGAUUGGUUAGUGAAGUUAACACGCUUGAGGGCGUUGUCUCUUCAAAGUUAUAAAAUAAGAAAGCUUCCGGAUUCAAUUGGAGAUUGGAAGUGUUUGCGAUACCUUAAUUUGUCUGAAACUGCCAUAGAAACCUUGCCUGAAUCCAUAGGUUUCCUCCUGUCAUUACAGACAUUGUUGUUACGGAAUUGUUAUGAGUUCUCCAAAUUUCCUGCAACAAUUGGGAACUUGAAUGGCCUUCAUUCUCUUGAUAUUACUGAUACGCCAUCUUUGAAAGAUAUGCCGCGUGAAAUAGCUAAUCUCAAAAAUCUUUUAAUAUUGCCCAAAUUCAUAGUAGGGAAAACAAAUGGGCUGAGAUUAAGUGAUGUGAAGAACUUGUUAAAUCUUCGAGGGUAUCUAUCUGUUCUGAAUCUACAAAAUGUUUCUAACAUUCAAGAUGCUAGAGAAGCAAACUUGGACAUGAUCGAAGGUCUAAAUGAGUUGGUCUUAGGAUGGACUUUUGAUUUUGAUGAUUCAAGAAAGGGAAGCGAUAUUGUAGCGGAAGUGCUCAACGCCUUAAGACCUCAUCAAAAUUUGAAAAAGUUGACAAUUAGUUGCUAUGGUGGUGAGCAAUUAUCAUCCUGGAUUGGUGAUCAAUUUUUUUGCAAUUUGUCCUAUUUGAGGUUGUCUGGUUGUAGAAACAGCACUUCGUUGCCAUCAGUUGGCAAAUUACCUACACUCAAAGAGUUGAUUAUUGAAGACAUGAAUGCAAUUGAAACUGUUGAAUCUGAGUUUUAUGGGCGUGGCGCUUUUACAUCUCUGCAGAUGCUUAAGUUUCACAACAUGUUAAACUGGGAGAAAUGGGCUUUUCUGACUAACACUAGAGUAGAAUUCUCGUGUUUGAAGGACCUUGAGAUUGCAAACUGUCCUAAGCUGACAGGAAAAUUACCCAGCCACCUUUCAUCUCUCAUUAAUCUUGUGAUAAAGGGAUGCCCAGAGUUAACAUGUUCAUCUUUAAGUCUUCCGUCUCUUGAAAAACUUUGCAUUGCAGGUUGCCAGCAAGUACUUCUGGAAAGCAUGGUUAAUUUGACUUCGCUCACAAUGUUGGAAGUUUCAGAUAUUUUAGGACUUGGUUGCUUGCCCAAGAGAUUUACAGAUUCCUUGACAGCAUUAGAGGAUAUAAAGAUUGAAGGGUGCCAGGAGCUUACUUAUUUGUGGGAGGAAGGAGCGGAUACAACAAACCUUGCUCAUCUUGAACGUAUGAGUAUUGAGAAGUGCCCUUUGCUAGUGUCAAUGUCACGAGAAGAACGAGGCCUCAUGCCUCCCAAUGUUAAAUAUCUGUCUCUGUAUAAUUGUGGGGCUUUGAAGUGUUUACCGGAUGGUAUGAUGAUGAGGGCAGAUGGAAGCAACAACAUGGUGAGACUUGAAGAGUUGAGAAUUGUGAAUUGCCCUGGUCUAGAGCGUUUUCCAAGAGGGAGGUUACCUGCCACGUGUCAACUCCUAGAGAUAGGAGAUUGUGCCAAAGUAGAGUCUUUACCAGAGGGAAUAUUGGUGCAAGAAGAUGGUGACACCAGCAACAAUAUUGAAAAUUUGGAUGUAGGAGCACUUCCAUCUUUAAAUUUUACCCCUAGUGAUAAUCGAUUACCAGCUGCUCUUAAGAAUUUUGUAAUUGGGAAUUGCCCCAGGUUGGAAUCAAUUUCAGCGGGGAUGCUGCAACAUUGUACGGGACUUGAAGGCAUGAAUAUUUGGGAUUGUGUAAAUUUGAAAAGCUUAUUCGUCAACGGCCUCAGCAAUCUCACUCGUUUAUACAUUGGAGGAUGUGAUGCUUUAGAGUCCUUCCAGGAGAUACCAGAGUUGAGCUUAUCCAUCCCCAAUAUUAAAUUUUUUACAAUAUCUAAUUGUCAGAAUCUCAAGUCCCUUCCAAAUAAAAUGGACAACCUCACAUCGCUUCGAGAAUUGUAUAUAUAUUGGUGUCCAAGCAUCAAGUCAAUUCCCGAAGGAGGUUUGCCGCCAAGCCUAACUGAUCUUUCAAUUGAUUGUGAGAAUCUGAAGCAGCCUAUGCGAGACUGGGGCCUCCACACCCUCACUUCUCUUAAUCAGUUCACCAUUGCUCAUAUAUGUCCUCCACGUAAUGUGCUUCCUUCUUCUUUAACCAUUCUUUGGAUAAAAGACGUUCAGAAUCUGAAAUCCAUACCCAGAGGCCUCCUCCAGAACCUUAACUCUCUUACACAGUUAUGGAUCUGGAGGUGCCCAAAGCUACGAUCCUUGCCAAGAAAAGGCCUGCCUCCAUUGCUUGAACGACUCUUGAUCUCAGGGUGUCCGCGUCUAAAAGGAGAGCGUUUUCAGGAGAAAGGAGACUAUUGGCCCCUCAUAGCCCACAUUCCCCGCGUUGAGAUAAAUGACAUCCAGGUUAACCCGCAAUAAGCAGAAUAUCCUCCUGCAAUUGAAAUUUUGUUUUCCUCCCCAUGAUUGAAUGCUUCAGAGAGUGCAACUGUUUGAUAGGACAUCCCAGUAUCUUCUAUUUGCAGCAGCUCCGUAUGGACUUCACAGCUUUCAAAUUUGCAGGCCUGGGUAUCUUGUGACAAAGCAAUAUAUAUAAUUCAGAGACAAUACAGAGGACUACAAAGGUCUCUUCUCUUCCUGUGCUGGAUUGAGUAUCUUGAGAUUGAAGACAAUACCAAGCUGAGGUGCCACGUUAUGUCAUCUUAUGAGCAGAGAGUGCAACCUUUCAUUAGAAGAUACUAGUAUCUUCUAUUUGCUGUAGAUCCAUAUAUGAUCAUAGCCCUCAAGGUCCCAGCACUGAAACCGAUUCCAGAGUGUUUACUGUAAGUCUCAACUCUACUGUUUACCGUCGUUGUUUCUCCUCUCUUUUUGGUUUUGUCCUUGAGCUCUUUUUCAAACCAGACAUGCUGUGUUCCUGCCAGAACCUAGAAGGCUAGAUCAUAUUGAUCAUUUGAUUCAACUUUGAUCUGAAUCAAUUAUUACUGUGUUG